GCCAUUUUUUUUUAGACAUUUCACGUGCACACAAAACAAACGUUAUCGUUUCGUCGACAGCAAUUUUUUGCUGAAUUUUUUUUAAGUGACUGGAAAGCCGAAGCAACUCCAGCCAUGGCAGCCUACAAGGGUCAGAAAGUGCAGAAGAUUAUGGUUCAACCCAUUAAUCUUAUCUUCAGAUAUUUACAAAACAGAUCGAGAGUUCAGGUGUGGUUAUAUGACCAGGUCAACAUGCGCAUUGAAGGACACAUUAUCGGUUUUGAUGAAUACAUGAAUCUAGUCUUGGAUGAAGCAGAAGAGGUUCACCUCAAAACAAAAGCAAGAAAACCACUCGGAAGGAUAAUGCUAAAGGGAGAUAACAUCACGUUAAUACAGAACGCUCAAGAAUAACGAAAACCCUUCAUUCCGUCAAGCUGGAACUUUGAUAUUAUUUUUGUAAAUAUACUUAGGAAUCGUGUUUGUUUGUUUGUCUUUUCAGUUGUUUUUGUUGUUGUUCUCUUUGUUUCAUGUAUCAUAGCAACUGAAAAGGUCGAAGGUCAUUACAAUGACCUACACGCUCAACCCUUUAGAGACGAUAGUGUCAAGAACUAGCUUGUACCAAAAUGCUUGUAGCAGCCGUCAACAGAGCCACAAGAUCUCACCUACUUCCUCUCAAUCAAAAAGGUCAAAUUAAGAGGUCAUGACCUGAGUUGACACUUUCUAAUGUUGUCCAUGUUAACAUAGUAUCUAUUGUUCUAUAACGAAACAACAUUACUGUUUUACAUUAUUUUUCAGACACUUGUAUAAGGAAACAGAAAUCAAAAACUCCACAAUAUUGACCAUGACUGGGCGUAUUGCGAUGGUUAUAAAGGAGUGACUAGUCUCUGAAGGGUUAAUGUUCUAUUUACAUUAGAAGUACACCAGAACUUAUUUAAUUAAGAAAUCAUCACACAAAUUUGUUUUGAUCAAAAAAUCAACAUAUGGAGAUUGUCUGUGUUCGAUUAAGUCGAUUUAGUUUUAUGAAAUGAUGCCUUGGAUUUUUACUGCUUUUGUAAAAACAAUUCUGGGUAGCGUCUCCGUAUUCCAUUUAGUGUUAAUUUGUGUAUUUGUGAGUGUAUGUAAGAAAUUGUGUUUAAGUUUACCUCCAGGAAUGUUGAGGAUUUGUUGAGGGUAGAAACUUGCCGGUGGUUGGUUUUAAAAGGGGGGAGUGUUUUUACACGCGUUACAUGUACAACUGUAUACAUUUGCCAGGAAAAGCAAACCUCCUGUGUUUUGUCUUGUCAGUGCAUCAAUGUUAUGGCACUUUUUGAAUUUGUCCGAAGUACAAUUUUUUUCUAAGAUACUAAGUUUUGGCAACAUCGAGAUACAUUUUUGCACUGAUAAGAUUAUUCCAAGCAGUAAUUCAGUGGAAAGAUACCUUUUUUGUCAAUACUCAUAUUGUGUCACAGCCUGUUUUGUACUUGAUACAAACGCUUACUUUAAACACAUCUGUUUUUGUGUCACAUUUAAACAGUACAAUUAUUUAGUAUUUUGGGACACCUUUGCUUAAUUGACAAGUGAAAGUCAGUCAGCACCUAUAGAGUUAGACUACCCGGUACACUAAAUACCAAAACACUUUAAUUUUUUUCAUUCCUUUUUCAUCUACAUACUGUACAAAACACUACCGUUUGACUUAAAAUUUCAUAGAUUUCAUAGAUAAGAUAGAAUAGGUAAAGAAGGCACGAAUGGAGGCAGUUUUAUAUAAAUAUUUCUUUUCGGAACAAUAAAAAGGUUUUGAAUUUUGUACAAAUAA